GCUGUUGAGUGUUGUAUCUGUCAUUAAGUUUGACAACGUGCUGUCAACAUAUCAAUUAUGUUUUAGACUUUGACCUGUAGAUUAUUGUAUAUUUUUCUAUGAAAUAAGCAAUUAUUAAUUACGUAAUGGCUUAAAUAUUAAAAUAUAUACUUAAUACCAUUACCUAGUGUUCUUUUUAUGUAAAUAUAACAAUGUAUAAUCCCGCAAUAACCGUUCGAAGAAUCGAUGUUUUGAUUCGUAUUUUAGGCAAUCGCAAAGUAAUAUUAGCUGCUAAUCCAGUGAGAAGUUACUCUAGCGAAGAUAAAGUUACUAUUGGAGAUGUGAGCAAGGAGAUUAAGAGCCCCAAAAAAGUUGAAUAUGUGCCUCGAAAAUACUUAACAAUAGAAGAUACGGAAAUUAAGUCUUUAUCACAAAGUACACUAAGAAACUUAAGAUGGAUGAUGCAGAAAGAUUUGCUUGGGCAAGAUAUGUUCCUUCUUGGACGACCUGGACCAAGCAGGAGAAAAGUAGCAUUACAAUACUUGGAACUGACACAGAGAGAGCUGGAGUAUGUGGCUCUAUCAAGAGACACCACAGAGGCUGACCUCAAACAGAGGCGAGAGAUCCAGAGCUCCACUGCGAAGUAUUUUGAUCAGAGUGCAGUCCGCGCUGCAGUAGAAGGCCGUGUGCUCGUUCUGGAAGGAAUUGAGAAGGCGGAGCGCAAUGUGUUGCCAGUACUAAAUAAUUUGCUCGAAAACAGGGAGAUGCACUUAGAAGAUGGAAGGUUUUUAGUUCCAGCAUCUAGAUACGACAAACUUUUGGAGGAACACGGCGCUGAAGAAGUGUCAAGAUGGCGAUUGGUCCGAGUUGACGAGAACUUCCGUGUGAUUGCGCUAGGUCUACCAGUGCCUCGUUACAGUGGACAGCCUCUAGAUCCGCCGCUACGGUCUCGGUUCCAAGCCAGAGAUGUCGCUACCAUCGGGUUCUCGGAGCACCUAAAUGUGUUAAAAGAAGAAGCUCCGAGGGUGGACGGGGUCAAGCUGGAACAACUCCUGUCUGCUGCAUACGCGCUGAUUAGUCCUGAGCUUCAGCAGGUCACGCUGCCCGACUUCCCUGUAGACAGUUUGCAGGCUGCCGCUCUCAUACUGGAACGAAAUCCAAACAUCCCUAUUCACAAAUUAGUUUACCUUCUCUAUCCUUACCAUUCCUUCCUCACCAGAGAACAUGUGAAGAAUGUCGAAGCUGUUCUCCAUAACUUGAAAAUUAACACAAAUCCCAAAUGGGAGAUAUCGCUCAAGGACAUCCAGGUCAACGGAAAUCAAGCCUUAGUUACUAUGGAAAUGAAUGGUGCUAAGUCCCAAUUUAGCGUGCCUCACGGGGGUAGGGUACAGGGUGUUGAAAAUAGACACAUUGUUAAAACUGCUUACCAGAGCGAACUUCUCAAUGAAUUGAUGCUAAGUCAUAGUGUUGGAGAUUUUUGUAUUAUCGGUCCAAAAGGCUGCGGUAAGAGUCUUCUCGUCUCGCAACUAUCAUCCUUAUUAGGCUACACAAUAGAGCCUAUAGUCCUGUAUCAGGACAUGACUGCUAGAGAUCUGGUUCAACAAAGAACCACCUUGGACAAUGGAGACACAGUGUGGAGGAAUUCAGCGCUUGUCGAAGCAGCAUUGAAAGGACAUUUGGCAGUGUUAGAUGGGUUGCAUAGAAUACAUGCUAGCACUCUUGCAGUGCUGCAUAGGUUAGUUCACGACAGAGAGCUUCAACUGCACGAUGGCACGCGGCUCCUGCGACACGACCGAUACGACGAGCUGUUGAAGUCGGGGGUCACCGUGGAACAGCUUGAGAAGAAUGGGGUCAAGAAGAUACACCCGGCUUUCAGGAUAGUAGCAUUAGCUGAACCUCCAGUAUUAGGACGCGGACAGCAGUGGCUGUCGCCAGAGAUACUCAGCCUGUUCAUCUUCCACGAGAUGAGGAACCUUAGCAAGACUGAGGAGAUCUUCAUCAUUAACAGUUUGUAUGGUGACAUAUCAGAACCGCUUCACACCAUCAUAAACUUAGCAGACGAAUUAAGGCGAUCAGAGGACAGCACUCUGAAGAACCUCUCAUCAUCUCUGUCCACUAGACAACUCCUCAGGAUCGCUAGCAGAAUGGCCAAGUACCCCACAGACUCAGCCUACGAAACCGUCCAACGAACAUUCCUAGCUAAAUUCCUGCCUAACUUAGCGAGGCGAGCUUUAGAUGGAGCUAGCCAGAAACUAAGCAUAGAUCCGCCUCGAAGAUUUGGUGUUUUCGGAAAUAAUCCGUCUGAAACCAAGGUCAAAUGUUCAGUGGCAAAAAACGUCUUAACUAUAGGAAAUACGAGUACAGAGAUAUACAAGACAGAUGCGUUAACCAAAGUACCUGAUAUUUUGUUCUACGAUGUUCCACAACAUAUGAGGCUAUUAGAGUGGUUGUUACAAGACUUUUUGCUAGGCAACCAUCUACUUUUAGUAGGCAACCAAGGUGUAGGGAAGAAUAAAAUAGCUGAUAGACUUCUGCAGUUGCUUAACCGUCCCAGGGAGUACAUACAGCUGCAUAGAGACACCACAGUGCAGUCCCUAACAGUGCAGCCCACUGUAAAAGACGGAGUAGUUGUUUAUGAAGAUUCUCCUUUAGUCAAAGCUGUGAAAUAUGGCCACGUUCUAGUGGUUGAUGAGGCGGAUAAAGCUCCAACACAUGUUACCUGUAUUCUAAAGACGCUUGUAGAGAAUGGAGAGAUGAUCCUAAGUGAUGGUCGGCGUAUAGUGCCCAAACAUAUGUUGGAAAGUUCAGGCGGCGAUGUGUCCAGUUUCAUUCCAGUGCACGAUGACUUUAGAAUGAUUGUCCUCGCCAACCGACCCGGGUUCCCGUUCUUGGGCAACGAUUUCUUCGCGUCUUUAGGUGACCUCUUCUCCUGUCACGCUGUAGAUAAUCCAUCAGUGGAAUCCGAGAUGGAGUUGCUACGUUCAUACGGGCCUGAUGUACCACAUGACGUCAUGAAGAAGUUGGUGCAGGCAUUCGCUAUAUUGAGGGACAAGGCUGACCAAGGGCAGCUGACAUAUCCAUACUCUACAAGGGAGUUGGUUAAUAUUGUCAAACAUUUACAGAAAUAUCCAAACGAGGACUUGGCGACGGCUAUAGGCAACGUGUUUGAUUUCGAUCGCUACAGCAAAGACAUGGCCGACACUUUGCUUGAAGUGCUUCACUCAAGCGGACUGCCAAUAGAUGGCGUGCUUGAAGGCCGGUCUAAGGAGGCGCUCAAGAAGAUACAGAUGACUAUUGAGAGGCAUAGUGGUAAAGACACGUCAUCGCCUAAGCACGGUAAGGAGGACCCUAAGAACGAGCCUCACGUCGGCGGGAACACGUGGGCAGGCGGCACCGGGGGGCGUGAUACUGCUGGACUAGGAGGCAAGGGGGGGCCGUACCGGCUGGAUAAGGGACAUGAUGUGCAUCAGCUUUCAGAAGCUGAAAAGGACGAUGUACCGGAACACGUGAAGAAGGCUGCGCGCGAGAUGAACCGGAAGGCUUUCGAGGAACGACUGAAAGAGAUCAAGAUGAGCGAGUUCGAUGCCAACCUCUAUGGACAGUUCCAUAGAGCUGUGCAACAACAGAUAGGAGCAUUACGUGGUGUAUUAGCAGAAUUGCAGGCGAAGAAGAAAGAGAGGCAUUGGAGCCGUCAUCAGACCAGCGGAGAACUGGAUGACGGAAAGAUUAUAGAAGGUCUGGCCGGCGAGCGCUCGAUAUACCGCCGACGGACGGACCAGGAGCCCCCGCCGGGCGCGCCGCCAGAGAAGCCCAAGCGGCUCCGGCUUGUCGUCGACGUGUCCGGCAGCAUGUACAGAUUCAAUUCGUACGACGGUCGUCUAGAACGUUCGAUGGAGGCGGUAGUGUUACUGACUGAGGCCUUGAAGGGCUACGAGGCGCGCAUCCGGUACGACAUGCUCGGACACUCCGGGGAGGAACAUGCGCUCGAGCUCGUCAGGGUCGAUCGACCUCCGGAGAAUGAGAAGGAGAGGUUACAGAUAAUCCGCACGAUGCAUGCGCACGCGCAGUUCUGUUGGUCGGGCGACAACACUCUCCCCGCGGCGCAGCACGCUAUAUCCUCCAUAGCCGCCGAGGACGCGGACGAGGCUAUCGUACUCAUACUCUCUGAUGCCAACCUUAGGAGAUACGGAAUCCAACCUGAGGAGUUAGGCACGAUACUAACGUCAGACCACAGAGUGCAGGCACACGUCAUAUUUAUCGGCAGUUUGGGAGAUGAAGCUAAUACACUCCUGCGCAGACUACCAGCAGGCCACGCCCACGUUUGCAUGGAUGUCGCGUCACUGCCACAGAUUAUGCAGCAAAUAUUCGCCUCUUCGCUCUUACAAUCAUCCUCUUGAAUGUAACCUCUUUGUUAGCUAAUUGAUUAUUUUACUCAUUUUCCGUGCCGUAUUAUUCUGGUUAAAUU